AUGCCUCGCCCAUCGCGCGAGUCUUACGGCGACCAGAAGCCACCGUAUUCGUACAUUUCGCUCACGGCAAUGGCCAUCUGGUCAUCGCCGGAGAAAAUGCUGUCGCUCAACGACAUCUACAAGUUCAUCACCGAUCGGUUCCCGUACUAUCGGACCAACACGCAGCGUUGGCAGAACUCACUCCGGCACAAUCUGAGCUUCAACGAUUGUUUCAUCAAGGUCCCGAGGCGACCGGAUCGUCCCGGCAAGGGUGCGUACUGGACGCUCCACCCGAAGGCGUUCGAUAUGUUCCAAAACGGCAGCCUCCUGCGGCGCCGGAAGCGCUUCAAGCUGCACCAAACCGACAAGGACUGGCUGAACGAGGAGUUCGUGGCGCUCGCCAACAUGAACCGCUUCUUCCUGGCACAAACCGGAGCCCCGCCAACGUACCACGACUCACCACCGGGCUACUAUCCGCCGCCGCUGACGGAACCGAGCCUCUCGCCACCGAACGUCCUGUAUGCGCCGAUUUCUCCUCCGCUCUCGCCACCGGAAGAUCUGCCGCAACAACAGCCACCUCCGGUAUGCUCCACCGCUCCCCUGCGCUCCGAGUCGCCCGCCGUCGUCCUGCCGGUGCCGGUUCCGGUCGCCCCGGCCGUCAGCACGCCCCCAAACCCGCCCAAACCAAAGCGAUCGUUCACGAUCGAAAGUCUGAUCGAGCCCGACAGCUGCUCCGAUUCCGAGGAGAGUGACCGUAUCCUGCCACCGCAACAUCAUCACCUCCAGCACCACCACCACCACCAGCAGCAGCAGCAGCAACUGCGGCACCUCAGCCAGCAACAGUUUAUGAGCAACAUUUCCGCGUUCAACGAGUACGCCGCGGUCAUGCAGCAUCAUCAUCAGCAGCAGGUGGCCGCCGCUGCCGCAGCACUCGGGACACCCUACGUUGGGUCGGGUGUUCCGGUGCAUCCGCUGCUCCUGCCACUGGGCAAGUUACCGCCGUCGUCGGCCUACUUUCUGCAAUCGGCCGGGGCCGCCUUUCACCCUCACCACGUGCACCAUCACGGGGCGCAUCAUCCACCGCCAUCCGCGCUGCAUCCGCACCAAGCGUUGCGGCCCGAACCGCAGUCCCUAGCGAUCGCUUGAAGCCGCACCGGGACCCCAAACUGCAAUUGCCAACGAUCUCGUUACGGUACUUGUGUUCCUCGCGCAAGGUCCUGCGACCCCUGCGGCCAAACCACGGGACGAAUCGCUCACCGCCACCGCCGGUUUGUCCAACUUCGACUGAAUGUGAUGUUUUAUUCGUAUAGUUUUAUAUUUUCGAGUGCAUGAUAACUUGAUAAGGGACGCGUUAC